AUGUCGCUGCCCUACUCGCAACAUCCAGGUAUGAUGCCGCCAGAGCGUGCCGCAGGGAUUUGGCAUGAGCCAGCUGGUGAUGGAUACCAAUGGGUGGAUGGUCCUGGCCAGCCACCUCAACAGCCUGCUGCACAGGCUCCCCCCCAGCCGAUCUAUCCGACAACACAACCUCAAGCUGGCACUCAAUGGGUGGACAAUCCAACGCCUCCACCCGUGCAAGACAUGGUGUACCAGUGGGUGGACAGUCCGUCUUACGGUCGUCCCCCCGCGCCCGCAGCACCGGCGGCUCAACCCUACGUGCAGGCCCCAACGAAUCCGUACUACCCAGGGGUCGACCCCUACGGAGCUCUUCCGCGCCCGAUGGACCCAAUGGCACUCCAGCCUGGUAUCGAUCCUUUAAGACCUCCAGUUCAGGGAUUGGACCCGAUCGCAGCACAAUACCAGGCUGGGCUGGCAUAUGGAGCUGAUGCAAAUCGUUACCAAAACCCACAGGCUGGCAUGGCCCCCUACGCGCCAAGGCAGCCUUUGGGUAUGGAUGACCUCACUUCAAUUCGUAUGGGCGGCAAGGGCGUGCCAAAUGCCGUGGACUUUGGGCAGGCUGGCUAUUCACAUGAGACAGGAGGAAAGCGUGGUAAAGGGCAAAACGGUACUCAAAGGCGCCAGGUUGAUGAUGGGCGCGGCAAAGGUCGACAAGUGGUUCCUCCGGGCCGCCAGGUUGAUACCAACAAAGUUCAAGUUGAUGCGGGCCAAGCUGCUCUUGAGAGUCUUGGCCCUGAUGGAUUGCGUCAGAUGUUGAUUUCGACCUUGGAAUCUUUGUACGAGGAUCGCAUCAAGCCAAUGUCGAACUACAUCAAAGGCCGUUUGAAGGAAAGGUCAGUACCUGACAUCAUUGUCAAAUCGUUUGAAGACUUGUACACACAGCACCCGGACCUCUUUGAGGCGCUCUGUGCCAACGUCGCUGCUCUCGAUGUCCGGUAA